AUGAUCUUUUGUACCUCACCAGGACAGGUUGUUAGCCACACCCUCUCGGUGUGUGUUCUUCUUUCCAUUAUUUCUACUUCCUGUAACAUUAGUAGGAUCGAUAAACCUUCUAAACAUUACAAUAGAGCAUCCCUCAAAUGUACAUAUCUACACUAUAUACUAGACUAUUUAUCUAAUAUAGUUAAGUUUUUAACAUAUUUGUUUAGUGUGUGGGUUGGAAUCCUUGGGAUUCAUAACAAAUUCACCUCAAAUAAACCACGAAUUUCUACCUCAAAAGUACAAUGA